AUGGCGGGGCGCUCGCCCAGCGCCGAUCUUAGGCCAGGGUCUUGGUACGUCGACUACAAGAACAUUACCAAGGUGAUCGAGCCUGGGCGUGUCAUUUACGUGGACGACGGCGUGCUGGCGUUCGAAGUGCUCGAGAUUGUCGACGAGAAGAACAUCAAGGCGCGGGCGCGCAACAACGGGUACAUCUCGUCCCGCAAGGGCGUCAACCUGCCCAACACGGACGUCGACCUGCCCGCCUUGUCUGAGAAGGACAAGAACGACCUCCGGUUUGGCGUCAAGAACAAUGUUGACAUGGUUUUCGCUUCUUUCAUUCGGAGGGGCAAGGACAUCCAGGAUAUCCGCGAGGUCCUUGGUGAAGAGGGCCGCCACAUUCAGAUCAUCGCCAAGAUCGAGAACCGCCAGGGUCUUAACAAUUUCCCCGAGAUUCUCGCCGAGACUGAUGGUGUGAUGGUCGCCCGUGGCGACCUUGGUAUUGAGAUUCCCGCCGCCGAGGUGUUCGCGGCCCAGAAGAAGAUCAUUGCCAUGUGCAACAUUGCCGGCAAGCCCGUCAUCUGCGCGACCCAGAUGCUCGAGUCCAUGAUCAAGAACCCCAGGCCUACGAGAGCCGAGAUCAGCGAUGUCGGCAACGCCGUCACUGACGGCGCUGACUGUGUCAUGCUUUCCGGCGAGACGGCCAAGGGUGUCUACCCCAACGAGGCGGUCCGUGAGAUGAGCGAGGCUUGCCUCAAGGCGGAGAACUCGAUCCCGUACGUCAGCCACUUCGAGGAGCUUUGCACCCUGGUCAAGCGGCCGGUGCCGACCGUCGAGUCGUGCGCCAUGGCUGCCGUCCGCGCUUCGCUCGACCUGAACGCCUCUGCCAUCUUCGUGCUCUCCACUUCUGGCGAGUCGGCCCGCCUGAUUUCCAAGUACCGGCCCGUGUGCCCCAUCAUCAUGAUCACCCGCAACCCUUCUUCUUCCCGGUACGCUCACUUGUACCGUGGAGUUUACCCGUUCCUCUUCCCCGAGGCCAAGCCAGACUUCACCAAGGUCAACUGGCAGGAGGAUGUCGACCGCCGUAUCAAGUGGGGGCUCAGCCACGCCAUCGACCUCAACAUUCUCACCGAGGGCGAAACUGUGGUGGUUGUGCAGGGCUGGAAGGGCGGCAUGGGCAACACCAACACGCUGCGGAUUGUCAAGGCUGAUGUCGACCACCUCGGCAUUGAUAAACUCUCCUACCUCCCCCGUUUGGGGUUUUCCCGCGUCGAGGGACCGAUUCUCCCGUUGCACAACCGAACGAGUCCUCCGAUCCGCAAGAAGCCGAGCGAGUACGCCUUGUCCGAUCUCUCCUCCCGUCCGGAGGAUGGACUCCUAUCCUCCUCCCCCGAAAACGAUCGCAAGGGGUUUUAUUCUCCCCGCCGGAGUCCCUCUCCAUCUCUUAGAUACAGCGACAAGUUGAGCGACGGUGGUUCUUCUCGGCCGAAACAGAAGCAACAGCCGUUGUUCGCGGGGCCCCCGCCCCCGAUCGCAACCUCACAAAUGCUCUACCGCGAUGAGGAGGACAGGGACUCAUCACCGACAGCGCCGCAACAUUUAGAAGCAUCAUCAUUCGCCCACAACAUAAACAGCGUACUAUUUGACCGCAGCUCUUCCUCGCACAACGUCACUCGAAGCAGAGACUACGACCCCAAACCAAACGCUAUCUGGCUGAACCUUCAACGCCGCGAACGCGCCCUCCAAAAAGAGCUCCAACACCUCCUCGACGCCCAAUCCACCGGGCUCGCCGCCAACCUCGAACCACACCCCACAAACCCCAACAGCACCCCCUCAGACGCGAGUGACGCCGGCGCUCGGAGCAUAACCCCAACCAACACCACAUCCACCGCUCCUUCCUCUCGCGGGACGUCGACGCGGCGGCACGUCCUCUUCAGCGACCAACUCCCCGCCGCGCCCCGCACUCUCACAUCCUCCGGCACGCUGGUGCCCGUGCGGCAGCCGCGGUCGCGGCCUGGUGGGCAGGGCGGGUUACCCGAGUCCCCUGGAGGGACGGAAUUCUUGCGGCUGAGGCCGGAGAGGAGGACAGCGGAAAUGGCGAGGGAGUGGUGGGAAGGGGAGGUGGACAUACUGGAGAGGAGGAAGGAGGAGGUGGAUAAGGAGAGGGCUGCUCUCGAGGCCGGCGUGGAGGUGUGGACUGGAGCGGUGAAGCUUGUGUCAGACUUUGAAACGGAGUUGAGGAAGGAGAUGAAUGGGGUGGGAAACAAUGCGACGAGCAAUGGGAAGGGCAAGGGAAGAGAAGGUGAUCCGCCGUCGCCGACAGCACCCGAACAAACUAUGUAUGCGCAGCUGGACAAGAUGCGCGCUGUGAUGAGGGGCCUGGAGGAGCGGUUACAAAUCACGGAGGAGAAUGGGUGGAACCUGCUCAUAUGCGCUAUCGGCGCCGAGCUGGAAGCGUUUAAGCAGGCGGAAGGUAUGCUGCGCGACACGUUACGCGCUGCGGGUUUUGACGUCGGUGAUGAUGAUGACGGCCGAGAUCAGGGUAGCUCCACGCCACAUAUCGGGAGAUCUACAAACCUGAGGAACUCGGGCCAAGAGCUGGAUGGUGCAAGGCAUAACGAUAACGGCAAAUUGGUCGACUUGCACGAUGAGCCCCGCGAGCUCGACACCAGGGAGCCUGAGAGCGACAAUGAAGUGCCCUCCGACCUGCUAGUCGGCCCGGACGAGGGUCACGAGCUGGCAAGCCCUGCGCUGAGUAGGGAGAGUAAUAAUGAGGUGCCGCCCGAGUUUUUACGGGAGCAUCGUUCUGAUGAGGAGUACCCGGGAUUUCGGGCUAUGACUUAA